AUGCCAGGUGUUUCCGUUAGAGACGUUCCAGCUCAAGAAUUCAUCAACGCCUACGCUUCUUUCUUGCAAAGACAAGGUAAGUUGGAAGUUCCAGGUUACGUUGACAUUGUCAAGACCUCUGCCGGCAAUGAAUUGCCACCACAAGACUCCGAGGGAUGGUUCUACAAGCGUGCCGCCUCUGUCGCUAGACACAUUUACUUGAGAAAGCAAGUUGGUGUUGGCAAGUUGAACAAGUUGUACGGUAACGCUCAAAGAAGAGGUGCCAGACCACAAAAGCAUGUCGACGCCUCUGGUUCCGUCAACAGAAGAGUUUUGCAAGCUUUGGAGAAGAUCGGUGUUGUCGAAAUCUCUCCAAAGGGCGGUAGAAGAAUCUCUGAAAACGGUCAAAGAGAUUUGGACCGUAUCGCCGCUCAAACUUUGGAAGACGAGGAAUAA